UGCCUCCCUUCCUCAACAAAGCAGGCAGGGUCCGCCCAGUUGCCCUGGCAGUAACCACAUUGUGAGGUGGUUCCAGUUACAGGCAGAGGGGUCUGAGUGGGAAGAGACAGAGGUGGUGGGAGCAGUGGGCUCUGCUUGUCCCCACCCCCACCUGGGGCCUCACACCAUCCCACUAUCAUGGGUAGUGCCUACCACUGGGAGGCCCGGCGCCGGCAGAUGGCUUUGGACCGAAGGAGGUGGCUGAUGGCCCAGCAGCAGCAGGAGCUGCAGCAGAAAGAACAGGAACUGAAGAAACACCAGGAGGAAGAACAACAACUGGAGAAAAAAAUCCAGCCACCUAAGAAGUCAAAUGUGCCGCAACCACCAGUGGCGAAAUUGUGGACAUCACGGGAGCAACAACAGCCAUCACAGCAGCAGCCAUCGGUGCAGCCAACAUCGCAGCCACCACCACAGCCAUCACCACUGCCACAGGCACAGGCGCAGGCACAGGCACAGGCACGGCCAGGGCCACAGCCACCACAACCACAGCCACCACCUCAGCCAACACAACCAAGUGCUCAAGCCCGUUGUACUCAGCACACCUCCAAAUGCAAUCUCCAAGAUUCCCAAAGGCCAGGUCUCAUGAACUCAUGCCAAUCUAGCCCUGUCAAAAACACUGGGUAUUCACAACUCAAGUCUACCAACUACAUACAGCAGUGGUGACCCAGAGAUCGAACCCAAGACCCCAGUGGCCAUCCCCAAAAUGCAGAUGAGCAGCCACAUCUUCUCAGCAUCCAGCAACAUCUCCACUUCAAAAGCCACCCACUCUAGAAGAGGAGGCUGCCAGGAAUAAAACGUAAUUUUUUUCCUGGGAGGAA